GUCUCCCCCGGCCUCUGCUGAAUUGCUUCGUCGCCGCGUUCCACUCCUGCUCGUCGCGCCGCUAUUAUCCACAACAGGGACUAGGAACCAGAUCCAGUAGAACUAACCAAAAGAGACCCUGUAUUGAGUUGAUUCCCACGAUGGCAUGGGUCUAUAUUGCUUGAUCCUGAACUGUUGAAACUAUUUGAGGACUCGGUGAAUAAAAAUACAGUUGAUACUAGAAGGAAGUAUCUGCGAUUGGCUAUAGCUUCAUCUUGCGACCGUCAGCUAUUAUUGUAGACUCUGAUAUUCAGCACUUGGUUUUGCUAUUUUCUGCUCCCAUCACCUGAUGCAUUCACUGAGUCUCUGGCGCUGCCAUGGUGCUGUGAGAGCCUUGCAAUUACUCCCUUCUUGUAGGUUGUCAUUAUCAUCGCUUACCCACGCAAGCCAAGAUCUUAACAGCAUCGAGCUCACCGUGGAGGAAGAAGCAUCAGCAUCACAGAUCAAGAGUUCCCUCUUGAAGGCACGCAAUGGGAGUGUGCAGAAUUUGGUUCAGUCCCUUGGGGUUGACUGUCCGGCAAUUCAGCUUACAAGUAACAUUGUGGAUAGCUUGCUAUUUAAGUUUGGAGAUGACUGGAAGUCUGCAUUGGGUCUCUUUCAGUGGGCACAGUCGAGGGACAACUACAAGCACACUGCAUAUGCUUGUAGUAGGAUAAUUGAUUUGCUUGGGAAGAUGAGGCAGCUCGACCAGAUGUGGGAUCUAUUGCCUGACAUGUACUGCAGAGGGCUUUUGACUGUUGAGAUAUUUGCGAAGAGCAUCAGGAGGUUGGCAGGUGCAAGGAGAUGGAAGGAUGCUAUUAUGUUGUUUGAUAAGCUGGAUGACAUGGGUCUGGAGAGGAAUACAGAGACGAUGAAUGUUCUGCUUGAUGCACUUUGCAAAGAAAAGAAGAUUGAAGUAGCACGCCAGGUCUUUCUUGUGCUCAGUCCACCCAUCCAGCCUGAUGCAUACACCUUCAACAUUUUCGUCCAUGGGUGGUGCAGUGCACGUAAGAUCGAUGAGGCAAAGUGGACAAUUGAUGAGAUGAAAUCUCGGGGAUUUCCGCCUUCAGUUAUCACAUACACCGCUCUUCUUGAAGCUUACUGUAAGCAAGAAAAAUUUAGGAUGGCCUAUGAAGUUCUUGAUUCAAUGUGUUCCGAGGGAUGUCAUCCCAACGUCAUCACUUACACUAUGAUCAUGACCUCAUUGGCAAAAUGUAAUAUGUUUGAAGAUGCUCUGAGUAUAUCUCACAGAAUGAAGUCAUCUGGCUGUAAGCCCGAUACACUAUACUACAAUUCCUUGAUUAACUUGCUGGGUAAAGCUGGUCAUUUGUCUGAAGCUUCCCAAGUAUUUAAGGUGGAGAUGCCAAUGAAUGGUGUGCCGCACAGUUUGGCUACCUAUAACACCAUGAUAUCAAUCUUCUGCCAGAAAAACCGAGAUGAAGAUGCUCUGAAUGUGCUGAAAGAAAUGGAGGCACAGUCUUGUAAGCCUGAUAUUCAGACAUACCGACCACUUCUAAGACUGUUUUUAAACAGAAGAGGCCAACAUGGCACCAUUCGGAACUUGUUGGAUGAAUUUGUCAAUAAACAUAGUCUAGGUUUAGAUGUUGAUACGUACAGCCUUCUGAUCCAUGGUCUUUAUAGAGUUGGUGAGACUGACUGGGCAUAUCAACUGUUUGAGGAGAUGGUUGGUAGUGAAAUAGGACCUAGGUAUAAAACAUGGGAUUUGCUUUUGAGUGACGCACAAAGCAAAAACAUGGAGCGGCGUGUUGAAAAGAUCCGGCACUACAUGACUUGCUUUGGCAUUUAAGCUUAGAUAAAUGAGAUGAAAUAUAUUCUCCUAUAUUGUGAAAACAUGCAGCCUGUUUGUUGAAGUUUGCAGUCUUCUUUGAAA